UUUUUUCAGUUUUUUUGAAAUGUUAAAUUUUACUAGAAUGAGUCAUUUACGAAAUUUAGCAAGUGCUUUAGAUACUAACCCUAUUCGGGUUGUUGAUAAUGUUAGUGUUGCACUUGAUUUUGUUGAAAGGGGAAGUUUUAUUUUACCAACAAAACAAUACAGUUUAGCCUAUCAGUUGAGUAAAGAACGCUGUGAUUUAUUUUAUUUUGAAGAUGAUCACAAUCAAAUCCCAACAUUUUUCAUUUUUUCUCGCCACAAUCAAAAAUUACUCCAUAAAUGGAAUCGGGCAAUACAAAAAAAUCAGGCAUUUAUUAGGCGAACUUAUGAUAAAGUAAAAUUAAUUUUAUUAAUUUUAAAAUUAAAUUUCAAGUAUUUCUUUAAUGAUUUUAAUACCGGAAAAAUUCCAAAUUGUAUAAAAUCGGAUGGAUUUAAUGGAGGGGGAUUAGUUUCUACUUCGCCUUCUUCUGGAGGCGAGGAUGCUAAUUAUGGAGAAUCUUUUUCGAAGCAAUUUAGUUCAAAUAGUGCUAGAGAUGCUUCUCGUUCUUUAGAUAUUUUUGCAACAUUUGGAAUUUUUCUUAUCGCCCUUCUUGGAUUUGGACUUGCCUUUAUUGCUUUUAUUUUUGAAUUAAUUAUACAUUCAAAAUCUCAAAGAAUUCUUAGAAAAUGGAGAACUCGUCGAGCACUUAUUAUGGGGAAUCCUACAAUGCCUAUUAAUUUAAUGUUAAUUGCUAGAGGAUUUAAUGAAGCUAGACAACAACAGCAACAACGAGCUUUUAAAUUUGGAGUAUCAACUUCUCUUUCUUCUACUGCUGCUGUUGAAAGAAAUGAAUUAUUAAUGAUUCCGGCAGAUUUGUUAAAUGCUAAGAAAGCUCCUCCCCGGUUAUCUAAAACUGUUGGUAGAAGUUGGUGGCGUCAUAAAGUUCGAGAAGGACAUCUAAACAAAAAUAAUAAUUCAACAUUUUCAAACACAAAUAGUUGUGGAGAUGGUGGGGGUAAUAAUAGUGUUGCUAAUAGUUGGGAUUGCCAACGUUCAGUUAUUUCAGCCCUCACAUUGGCUGCGAUUUCAAUACAAAAUGAAGAAAAACAAAAGAAGGAUAAUAAAGUGAUUAAUGAAGAAAAUAAGGAAGAAAAGAAGAUUGAAUUGAGAAAUCGAAAGGAAAGAAAAGAAAAUGGUAGCAAAAAUGUUGCAACACAAAUACUGAAAUGUGGAAAUUGGGCGGUACUUACAAAUAGGAGUGAUGAUGUUAGUAUUAACAAUGCUGAUGAAUAUUUUGAUUGUUCAGAACGUAAGUGGGCAAGAACUGCAUUUUAA